CAGAGUUUAUUCUGGUCUGAUUAAAAAGUGAGUUUUCUUAGAGUCAUUUUGAGAUGAAAGUCCAAAUUCUGUCAAAUCAACAAAGGAAACUUAAUUCUAAGAAAAAAAAUCAUUCUGUGACAAAAAUGUAAAUUUUUAGAAAAAGAUGAAAGUGAGCAUUUUGUCAUUGGCUCUAAUCUGUAUUUCCAUAAGUUUUGCUCACUUCAUUCUGACUUCUGAUAAAGUCAGAAAAAAAAAUCUGAAUUCUGAGAUUAAAAUGAGAAUUUGGAAAAAUAAAAAUUAGUAUUUUCCUUCUAAUUGGCCCUAAUCCUGUUCCAUGUCUCUUUACUGUUUGCUCUGUGUCAUGGCGCCCCCUGCAGGUCUGGAGCCGCAGGUUGCAGCCCUCUGCCAGAGCUCUGGUUCUCGCUGUGGAAGGCUCGGUUCCGAGCGGCUCGGCUCCUCCCACUGCGUUCACUCUGAGCAGUAAUGACCGCCUGGUUGUCACGGAUCGCUGCGUGUGGGAUCUGCAGCCUGCGGCCGCCCUGCUGCAGCACGCCGCUCUGCUGCAGCACGCUGCGGUGGGGAUCCUCUGCGCUGCAGCAGAAGCUGCGGUCGGUGCAGGACCUGCCGCAGGUCAGCAGCCUGGAGAUGCUGUACCGGGUUCUGGUCCAGGGCUACUUCUCCUCUCUGCACGCGCUGCAGGUCUAUGAGAAGCAGCUCUAUGGACCCAUUUAUAAAAACGGACGCAACGCCGUGUCGGUCAGCAGCGCCGAGCUGCUGGAGGAGCUGCUCCGGAACGACGACAAGUUUCCCACCAGAGGAGACAUGACUCUGUGGACGGAGUACCGCGAGAUGAGAGGCCUGGGCUACGGACCCCUCACAGAGGAAGGGGAGCGCUGGUACCGGCUGAGGGCGGUUCUCAACAAGCGGAUGCUGCAUCCCAGGGAGUCAGCUCAGUAUGACGGGCUGAUCAACGCCGUGGUGACAGACUUCAUCAAACGGAUCAAACGUCUGCGUCUCUGCAGCCCGACAGGCGACCGGGUUUCUGACGUCGCCAACAAGUUCUACCUGUUUUCACUGGAAGGAAUUUCCUCCAUACUGUUUGAGACGAGGCUCGGCUGUCUGAGAGAGGAGAUUCCCGCCGGGACCCAGGAGUUCAUCACUUCCAUCUCCCAGAUGUUUUCCAACGCCUUUCCUGUGGCGAUCUUCCCAAAGUGGAGCCGCAGCCUGCUCCCCUACUGGCGGCGCUACAUCGCCAGCUGGGACGGCAUCUUCAGCUUUGGUAAAACUUUGAUCGACAAGAAGAUGGAGGACAUUCAGCAGCGCCUGGACAAUGACCAGGAUGUAGAGGAUGAAUAUCUGACGUACCUCCUGUCCAAUUCCCAGCUGAGCACGAAAGAUAUCUACGCCAGCGUGACAGAGCUGCUGUUAGCCGGAGUGGACACGACGUCCAACACCCUGACCUGGGCUUUGUACCAGCUGUCCAGGAACCCAGAAGUCCAGGACAGACUUUAUGAGGAGGUUUCCUCUCUGGUACCGGCGGACCGGAUCCCCAGCGCCGCAGAGGUCACUGCGAUGCCGUUUUUACGAGCCGUGAUCAAGGAAACUCUGAGGAUGUAUCCUGUGGUUCCUAUAAAUUCAAGGAUCAUUAAAGAAAAGCCUGUUGCUGUUGGUGGAUAUCAGUUUCCAGAAAAAACUUGUUUCACGCUCUGCCACUACGCCAUCAGUCAUGAUGAGAACACCUUUCCAGAACCGUACCGGUUCAAGCCGGAGCGAUGGCUGCGUGACGGCCGCCAGAGGCCCAACGCCUUCGGCUCCAUCCCGUUUGGCUACGGCGUUCGAGGCUGCGUUGGUCGCAGGAUCGCAGAACUCGAGAUGUACUUGGUUCUGUUUCGGCUUAUUCGAGAGUUUGAAAUCAAAGCGAACCCCACUGCGGAUGAUCUAGAGAUCGUCAGUCGGGCCGUUUUGGUGCCAAACAAGCAACUGGACCUGCUCUUUGUGGACCGACGAUGAAGGAACAGUUUGAUUAACAGUUUAGCUAAAUGGCCCAAAAGUUCUGCUUCUGUUUGUUUUAAUGUGAAAUCUUCUGUUAUUGACAGUUAGCCUUUAGCUAGUUAGCUAGAGGCUAACUCAUUAGCCAACCAUAAUGUGUGCAAUCACAGCAAUAAUGUAUUUAGGUCUGGAUGAUAAACUUACAUGCAUUUCCACACUUUCAUUAUUAAUAGGGAGAAAAACUAUGGAAGCACUUUCUGUAUGCUAACAUCAAAGCUAACAGCUGCUAACAGCUGCUACAGCUGCUAACAGCUGCUACAGCUGCUAACAGCUGCUACAGCUGCUAACAGCUGCUAACAGCUGCUUCCUUUUCCUGGAGCGUUUACAUUCAUGGUGUUGAUGUGCAGAAACAAUCUGUGAGUUUUUUUGUUUUGUUUUGCUAAAUUGUAAUGUUUUUAGUUUAGUGUGUAUAAUUUAUACACAGGGUUUCUAAAGCUGAUGUCAUUUGGCCAAAAGUGACAAGUAAAAUAAAGAUAUAUUUGUAAAAUAGAAUUUUUAAAAAAGAUCAUUUUGGUUCAACAACAAGCUAAACAUACAAUAUUUUAAUUAAACAAAUAGUCUGUUCUAUUGUUGGAAAGCAUUUGUAUAAAUCAUGGCAGAUUGAAAACUUAAAAAAGGAAUAUUUCAGGUUUGCCUCAUUAAAAGAAAGAUUCUUCUGAACCGGUUGGAAAAAGCAGAUCUGAGUGAACCGAAGUCUGAGCUGCACUGAAAGUCUCUGGUUCUGUUUACUGUGAAACUUAGAGAGAAUACAAAAAGAUGAACUCUUUAUUGUACUGAAUACAUUGCAUUGUGAAAAGAUUUAAAUUGAUUGAAUAAUUUUUAUUUACUUUACAAUUGCAGUUCUUCAUUCUGGGGUUUAUGUCUGUAUGCGACUGCAGGUGUGAAUAUCUGAUUACAUGUUUGUCAUAAACACUAAUUGUGUUCAAUUAAUUUGCUUUGAUCAUGUAAUUAGUAAUAUAGUU